UCCCUCCCCUCCCUCUCUCUGCCUCACUUUUCCCCCAUCCCCACUGGGAUCGCUCCCGAGGGAUUUCCUGGGAUGGGCCCUGGGGGUCACAGGGGGCUGUUGGGAUCUCCCAUAUGCCCAGCUCCAGCUGACCUGGGGUCCUGGACUGUCCCAGUCCCACCACGGAGCGCUCCCGGUAAAACCCAUCCGUGUUUGGUGCUGGAGUCCUCUCUCAGAUCCCCGGUGGGAAACAACAUUCCUGGGACUGUCCCAUCCGAGGCCUCGCGUCCUGGGAGCUCCGUUGGGCUGGGAAAGGCUCCUGUUGGGAGGGAGGGUGUGAUCCUUGAGGGAAGCUGUGAUUCCUGAUCCCGCGGCAGGAGCCGGUGACCUUUGAGGAUGUGAUGGUGUUCCUGAGCCGGGCCGAGUGGGAUGCGCUCCCGGAGCGGCGGCGGCAGCUCUACCGGGACGUCGUGUUGGACACCUACGAGCUCCUGACCUCUCUGGGUUAUCCAGGCCCCAAACCCGACGUCCUGCACCGGCUGGAGCGCGGGGAAGAGCCGUGGAUCUGCCCACCCCCAGGAGACGCUGGGAGCUGCCUGGAGGAGCCUUCCUCUGGCUGGUGGCCCGGAGCCAGCGGAUACCAGGAGCUGGAAACCUCGUGUCCGGCAGGAUGGAGCACGCUGUGGUGUCUCCAGGACAGGGAAUUCCAGAAGUUUGGCUGUCAAGAGGGAAGGAGUGAAUUCCCGUCGGAAGUGGACAGCGGAGUCGGGAGUCAAACUCAGGCAUGGUUUGUGAAGGAGGAGGUGGAGGAUGAACCUGAACUCACAGAAGAGCUAACCCAGAGUGCGACAUUCCUUCAUUCCCUGACGGAACAGCAGAGCCUGGAUCUUUCAGAACAGCUGUGGGAUGACCCUGGGGAGGGGAAUCCCAGAAACACCCAAAACCACGGACACACCUUGGGAGAGGCGACGCUUCUCCCGGGAACCUGCGAGCUGAGGGUGGAGGACCUGAGAGCGGCGGUGGCGAAGGACCACAGCUACUCCCUUAGGAGCAAGCCGGGAAUGGCCUACGUGCCCCAGCUCUGCUCCCUGCAGGAACACAACUACUGCUGGCAGCGCUGCACCUGGAGGAGCCACGGGGCUGGUGCCGCCUGGGCCGUGCGUCGCCGGCUGGCGCGGCGGCGAUCCCGCUGCGGCAGGACGCUCCGGAGAGCCAGGGAGAUCCUGCGCGGCUACCGGCCCUACUGGAGGAGAGGCUGCUCCGGCUGCCGCGGCGCGGCGCAGGGGAGGAACCCCAGGGUUCGUCCUCCGACGGAUGCGGCCACGCCGCAUGAGCUCCAGAGUGCCAGGAACGCCGAGGGGGUGGCAUCAGACGCGCCGUGUGCCCCGCUGGGGGUUUCAGGAACUGGGGCUUCACCCCCUGCCCUAAUCCUGGCUGCAGGGGCGAGGGAGGGAGUGAAGCCUCUGGAGGAUCCUGGUGCCGGCCGGGAGCUUGGAGGGCGCGUGGAACCCCGGAAAUCCCCGGGGAUGUCGCUCCAGGGCGUGUUCCGGGAUGUGCUGGGGGCGGUCAGGUACAUAUUGGACUCCAUGUGCCAGAAGUUUGAGCUCCAGGGGUUCUCCCAAGAGAAGAGCAUCUGGCCCAUCGUCAUCCAGAUCGAUAACUUGAGGGAGAUGGGGAAGCCCUGACUCCCAGGGGGAAACUGGGAUCGGAUUCCCUGAGGCACAACACUCAAUCUCCCCCAGUCCUGGGGGCAUCAGGAGGAGAAACG